AUGCAUCAUUAUUAUCACUUUCCGCCGUCUCCGCCUCCAUCCGGCUCUCAUACCGUAAACUCCUCACCUCAGCGCCACCAUUACUCCUUGCCAAACAGCAACGUCGAGCCACAACAACCACCUUUCCGACGUUCCGUAUCCUAUACAGUACAGUGGUCCACUAAGCAGUCCGAUGACAUACCCUGUCCAACACUUCCGUCGCCACCUAAAUGCUCUGGGCCUCCCAGGAGUCAACGCGCCCUCACCUUACCUUCCUCCCAGCUCCUACUGGCACAACAGCCACCGUCACUGACGCGUAGAUUCUCCUCCUCAUCUGGCUCUUCUUUUUCCUCCGCCAGCAAUUCUCCAACUGUCGCCUCCCAACCACUCCCCAGCGCAGGCAUAGGUCGCAAGGUCGCAGAAUCCCUUCAACUCUUCAAAGAGUCUGCCCCUAUCUCCGAUUUUCGAGACAACCCUAACACUGAUGCGGUUACCAAUCUUUGCCGACAUUCCACCUCCCAUCACGUCGAAAACGUCGCAGAGGCAAAAUAUGAAUUUGUUAAACGCGCUGAUUGGCCAGAUCCGGAGACGGCCGCAAUCAGGAGAGAACGCAGUUCGACGGCCCUAGAGCGCGUCAAGACACUCGAUAUUAGCAAGGAACCUGAUCUGUCCAGCGAUCCAGAUGUAAGACUGACCACUCGUGAUCCGCCUUUCGGUGAUCCAUCUCAGCGGUGUAGAGAAAUCACCUCACAUACAGAGUCUUACACACGUGGUAGACGUCGAGACAGGGCGUCCGACGUUCCCGGAACCGUUUUCAGCCACCAACUUAACACCCCUGAACGUUCAUCCAAUCGUGCCCCACCGUCACCUUGCAUUCGCCCUCGUUCUAGAGGAUAUACACCAUCGCCGUCUCCUUCGCGUUGUCCUACAACUCAUAUCCCUCCCCUAGCCCUCUAUAAUUUUCCUUCUGAUCGUGAACCCGAAUCACUACAAUCGCACUUGCUCACUCAUACCCAUACGCCGUACGGUUCGCUGGCCGCCUCUCCUCCACCGUUCAUUCCGUCCGACCGCCGACCCUGUUCGCCAUGGUCCACAGACGAAGAGUCAGCUUGGGAAACCUCGUCAAUUACGUCAGAUGCUUCCAUUACAUCCGGAACGUCAGAGCAUCCUGCCUCCCCAGAUGCAUUUUCUUCACUUUCGGAUGAUGAGGCUAAACGCUCGUUGCCGCGAUACAAAGAGCGUGAGGAAUUCACGGACGGUCCUGAUCCCUGGAAUGGUGAUUAUUUGGACAUGACGUUCAGCGACUCACAAGAGAGCCUACCACAUAUCCCUCUCCGACCGUUCCGGAAUCAAGUCGGCGGACAUAGUGCCAUAUACAAGUUCACCAAGAGGGCACUCUGCAAGCCUCUUGUUUCACGGGAAAACCAAUUCUACGAGGCAGUAGAACAAGAGGCUCCACCACUACUAGCCUUCAUCCCUCGCUACCUAGGAGUUAUGCUCGUCACGUAUCGACGUGUAUCGAAGGGUUCGGUCACCCCACCAACCGCAGACCUUUCCACUACACCGAUUGCACAAGCGCCAGUUCCAGUAUUCGUCUGUCGCGCAGAAGUGGAAGGGGACGCCGUAUCGCACUCUAUCCCUCCAGACCUGCCAGAGGAAGACGGCGCAGAAGACAUGGAGUCGGGUGAGGCAGAGAUGCCCGAGGUUGUCCUGGAUCGAAACAGACAUAUCGUCCCCAAGUGGAUGUUCAGUACGAACAACUUGCAGAACCGCUCAUACUCACAGCCGUAUUCUUCUACACCGUCCCUCAUUGGCCGGGAUCGCCUGGGUCCGACGCACGUCAACACCGCGACGGCAUCGAGUCCUGCCCUGAUAUUAAACGAGCGAAUAUCACCGUCGUUCAAGCGUAGUCCCCUUGCACGCCAUGCGACCGUCCCCACUUUUACAGCCGAAUCCGCUUCAUACCUCCCCGGUGGGUCCGUUCCCGUAGGUUCCCAACCGACGUUUGCCCGGGGAUCGCUGGAUGGCGAAGCUUCUGGCCGUGACUUGCGUCGGUUUCCUUCUGAAUCAAGUGUUUCCCCGUCAUCGACGCCGGGCUGGUUUGGAGGUACAGGUUCGACGACCGUGAAUACGAAGUUGAAGGAUCACGUCUUCAAUACCAUACUACGACGUUUCCAGCGUCGCGGAAAGCGAUGUUUGUCUUCUUGCGCAGCUAAGGUGGAGGACGAAAACGAGCCAACCUUGUCAACGGGCCACGCCAUGGGUGUGGUCACUCGUCUACCUCCGUCGACCUUACGCACGUGGCCCAUUGAGCAACUGAGGCAGGAGAGUUAUCCGGUGCCAACCGUCCGACGAGUACAGAGCGAAAGCGCGAUGGGCGGAAAUGAAGGACAGGAUACUGGUGCCGAUCUAGAUUUCAGUAAUUUGGGUGGCGGGGUGGACCUUGCGAGGUUGUCGAGGGAGAAAGAACUCGGGCUAGGACCUUCCUUCUCGCGUGGAAGGAGUCGUUCGCGAUCGUUCAACUUAACCGCGCCACCGAUACGUACCGUCUCUCCCCUCCCGAGUAGGCCACUAUCUCGCAACCGCAGCGAUGACUCGAUCACACGCCAGCAUCACUUCAUCCUCAUGGAGGAUCUCACGGGUCGAUUGAGGCAUUCAUGCGUGCUGGAUCUGAAGAUGGGGACGCGGCAGUACGGGAUGGAUGCGACGUCGUCGAAGAAGAAAAGUCAGCGUAAGAAAUGUGAUCGUACAACGAGCCGACCUCUUGGGGUGCGGGUGUGCGGUAUGCAGGUAUGGAACAAUGUCACUCAAUCAUAUGUGACACAAGAUAAGUACAGGGGCCGUGACAUUCGUGCGGAAGACUUUCCAUCUGUGCUUGCUUCUUUCCUCCAUGAUGGGGAGCAUUUGUUAGUGUGGCAAAUUCCUAUUUUGCUCCAAAAGUUGUAUGCGCUCGCACGGAUCAUCAAUCGCCUUAAAGGAUUUCGGUUCUAUGGCUGUAGUCUCCUUCUCAUAUACGACGGAGAACGCGAUGUACUGGAAAGUUUUCGGAUGUCCGCAGAGGAGCAGUUAUCGCCGCGCAAUAAGAGAGGCGAGUCGUUGAAACGAGCUAGCGCGGGCUCUGCUGGCAACGGCAAGAGCUCAUCCCUCAGGCGAUCCCAUAGCGAAGACUUGUUGUUUGGUCCAGCAGCGAAGCGAUCGAGUGGCAAGCGCAGGCGCGGGGAAGUCAACGUCCGCAUUGUCGACUUCGCGCACACGACGACCGGACAUGAUUGGGCCCCGUAUCCGCCACCGGCAGAUCGCAGGGUUAUCCACCAGGUGUCGAGUUCGAAGGGGUACCAAGCGGAAGUAGACGAGGAGACAGGCAUUAUCUACGCACGAUUCCCACCUCACUAUCCAGAGGAGCCCGACCGUGGGUUUCUGUUUGGGCUGAAGAACUUAACGGAGGCUCUCGAAAAGAUCUGGAAUGAGGAACGUAUGCGGAGAAUGAAAUUGUCAAGGGAUGACCCUGCAGUAAACGUCUCGGAGCUCCCACCUCUGCCAACCGAAGGCAAGGAGGUGUUUGUCGAAAUUUUUGGGACCAUCGCAUCGGACGAGGACCCUGGCAUGCUGUCCACAUGA